AUGCAGCAUCAUUCUGAUGAAAUGCAAUCAUCAGAUUACUAUUUCGAUUCAUACGCUCAUUUUGGAAUACAUGAAGAUAUGCUUAAAGAUAAAAUCAGAACAUUAUCAUACAAAAAUGCAAUUCUUACAAAUCAAUCUCUUUUCAAAGGAAAAAUCAUUCUAGAUGUUGGCUGUGGAACAGGCAUUCUUUCGAUGUUUGCUGCAAAAGCCGGUGCUAAACAUGUUUAUGCUGUUGAAAAAUCUAGUAUUAUUGAUUAUGCACGCGAAAUCAUUGACAUCAACGGAUUUGGAGAUAGAAUCACAGUAAUCCAAGGAACUAUUGAGGAAAUUGACUUACCAGAAAAAGUUGAUGUUAUUAUUAGUGAAUGGAUGGGCUAUUGCCUUUUAUACGAAUCAAUGCUUCCAUCCGUACUCAAUGCACGCAAUAGGUUCCUUAAAGAGACAGGAACCAUGUUUCCAACCAAAGCUCAAAUUUACAUUUGCGGUAUCGAAGAUGCGGAAUACCGUGCAAAGAAAAUCGACUUCUGGGAUGAUGUUUACGGUUUCUCAUACGCACCAAUUAAGAAAUGGGCAUUAUUGGAGCCUCUAGUCGAGAAUUGUCCAAAAGAAAGAAUUAUCACCAAUGAUUACAAGCUUUGUGAUCUUGAUUUGAACAAAUGUACCAUUGAAGACCUUACAAUUACAUCGAAAUUUACUUUAGUUCCAUCAGAAGCCCAAACAAUGCAUGCAUUUGUUACUUGGUUCGAUGUUGAGUUCAAGGGACCAAAUACAAUAGUCAUUCUUUCAACAUCACCAUAUAAGAAAGAAACUCACUGGUGUCAGACAAUCUUUUACCUCGAAAAUCCAAUUAAUGUUGACCCAGACACUCCAGUAUUCGGAAAAUUCCACAUGGAACCUAAUCUGAAGAAUCCUCGUGAUCAAGAUUUCGAAAUUGACUGGUCUGUUGAUGGAAAUGACCUUUCUCAACUUUACAAGAUGAGAUGA